GCCUGCUGGCGCGACCGCGCGUUUUAUUCGACCAUUUGCGCAACGAUGAUCACAACGCCCAAGGCGUCGGCGUACCAUGCGCACGAGACGAGCGAGGCGUCGGCGGUCGCGAUCCAGAUCGAGGCCAAAGAAGGCUCCAUCACGCACGCGUCGCCCGAGACGUCGGCUGUUGGGCGCUUCUUCCGGCGGCUCCUGCCGGCGCUGAGCUCGGCGUUUGUCGCGUCCGUCGCGUACGUGGACCCGGGCAACUUUGCCACCAACAUUCAGAGCGGGUCCAACUACGGCUUUACGCUGCUCUGGGUCAUCCUCGUCGCUAACGUCAUGGCGAUGCUCUUCCAGACGCUCUCGGCCAAGCUCGGGCUCGCGACCGGCAAGAACCUGCCGGAAAUCAUCCGCGAGCAGUGCCCGACUUGGUUUGUGCUACUCAUGUGGCUCAUUGCCGAGAUCGCGGCGAUCGCGACCGACGUGGCCGAAUUCAUCGGGUCCGCCAUCGCGUUUGAGCUCCUCUUUGGCAUUUCGCUGGUGUGGGGCGCGCUCAUCACGUGCUUUACGACCAUGCUACUGCUGCUCGUGCACCAGCACCAGACGCGCGUCUUUGAGGCCGUCAUCUUCUCGCUUGUCUCGGUGAUUGUCGUCUCGUACAUUGUCGAGACUGCGCUGCAGUCGAUCGACUGGGGCGACGUCGCGUACCACACGUUUGUACCUGCGUUCGACGGCAAGGACAGCGUGUUGCUCGCCGUCGGGAUCGUCGGUGCGACCGUCAUGCCCCACGUUAUCUACCUCCACUCGUCGCUCACGCAAGGUCGCUUCAGCGUCAGCGAGACGGGCGACGUCAUCUUGCCGCCGCUCGCGUUUGAGAUCACCGGCAUCAUCAUCGCACUCGGGAUCGCGGGCUUUGUCAACAUGUCGAUGCUCAUCAUGGCGGCAGCGACCUUCCACGCCAACGGCCAAAACGAUAUCACAACGAUCGAGACGGCGUAUGUGACGCUCGAGCCGCUCCUCGGCAAGGCCGCGAGCACCGUCUUUGCGAUCGGCCUUCUCGCGUCCGGCAUUUCGUCGUCGGCUGUCGGAACGCUCGCCGGCCAAGUCAUCAUGGCAGGGUUCCUCCGUCGCCAAGUAUCGAUGUGGAUCCGCCGGCUCGUGACGAUCGUGCCGUCGCUCAUUAUUGUGUUUGCGGGCGUCGACCCGACCGAAGCGCUGGUCGUGAGCCAGGUCGUGCUCAGCUUUUGCAUUCCGUUUGCACUCGUGCCACUGGCCUACUUUACGAGCAAGACGGCCAUUAUGGGCGCGUGGGCCAACUCGUACUUGAUUUCGGCCAUCACGGCCGUGCUCUGCCUUCUCAUCGUCGGCCUCAACGUCUUUUUGAUCGUUGGCGCCUUUACCGCUGAAUCCUAAGCGCUCAAUAAAGGACGUCAAGUCGCUGGACACCUCGAGAGACGGCAAGCAUGAUGAAGCUUUGGAUACACGCCUCUAAGCAGGCACACAACUUUUGUCGCAA